CAAGACUUAAUCGGAAGAUUGCAUUCACUUUUCUAGGAAUCGUUGUCGGAUUCUUCUUUCGAGCAGAAAAAAAAAAAACCAAAACAAAAAGAAGCUGAGCUAAAUCUGAGCUAUAUUCAUGGCGACACAGGGAAGACCAAGUUCAGCUAAGAGCGAGCCACGCGAUGGGUCUUCUUCUCUUUCAUCAAGAGUCAAGAUCGAUCCGUCUAUUAAGGACAAGAAGAAGAUCGCUUCCUCCUCUACCAGUAGCAGACCGAUCAUGUCGGAUAAUAAACCCAGAUCCUCUGUUUCCACCGUCACUGCGAAACCACAGGUAUCAAAUCGGGAAAUAAUCUCUGUUUCCACCGUCGCGGCGAAAACACAGGCAAAGCCCAAAAUACCUGUAAAAAACACAGCAACAACAUCUGCAGCAGCAGCCAGAGGAAAAGCUAAAAGAGAGAAGAAGGUUUAUUCAUUACCCGGACAAAAAUUUGAUAUUCCCGAAGAGAGAGAGCCCUUGAGGAUAUUUUAUGAAUCCUUAUCGAAACAAAUACCAGGGAGCGAAAUGGCUGAGUUCUGGCUAAUGGAACAUGGUAUGUUGUCUCCGGAUAAGGCUAAGCGAGCCUUUGAGAAAAAGCAGAGGAAGAUGAAGCAAAUUCGAAUGGGGACACCGACUAAACCUGCACCAACAUUUACUAGCAAAGCAGAGAGUUCUCAAAAAACAUCUGCGUCCACCAAGAACAGCGGUUUAGAUCCGAGAAAGAAGAAGAAAGUCGUUCGUGAUGACGACGACGACGAUGAUGAUUUCAUCCUUAGCCACAAGAGAAGGAAAGUGUAAACCAUACAAAUUUAAAAAGUCCUGUUUCGUUCAUUUAGGUAAACAUGUCCAAUAGCAGAUCAGAUCAAGAACCUUAAGUUAUAUCUUAGCGUUCAUCGAAUAAGUGAUCAGAGAUCGUUGUUGUAGGCGCCUGUUAGUGUAAGGUCCUCAGAAGGUUGUCAAUGGACCAUUGAGAUGUGUAGAAGAAGUUGUUGGUGUAAAAGCAAAGAAUCAUGAAAUACAAUUUUAGUAAUAUCUUAACCUAACACU